AAUGGCAUCACACCACACCGAUCUUUCAGUUUCCCCUCAGACUCUCACCCAGUUUCCGAUCAGUUGGAUCAACAAUUAAACAGAUUGACUUCAUCUCAAGCCGCUUCAACUUCAUCCUUGACUAGCAAACUUAGCGACCUUAAUGAUUUAUACAAGUGUGUUGAUGAGUUUCUUCAAUUGCCUCAGAAUCAGACUGUAUCUCAAUCUUUAGUACAACAAGUGUUAGAUGGAUCUCUAAGACUCCUUGACAUUUGCUCCACAUCUCGGGAUGUCUUGGCCCUAUCUAAGGAUAGGAUCCAAGACAUCCAAUCAGCUCUUCGAAGGAGGAGUAGUGGUGAACUUGACAUUACCAAUGAAGUCGUUGAAUACCUUAAAACCCGUAAAUCAUCCAAGAAGACUAUCACGAAGUCCUUGAAAAACAUCAAGGAUGCAGAGCAAACUACCAAGGAUAACCAAGUUGAGAGCAAGUUGACAGAAGUUAACACAAUAACCCUUGAUAUCUUCAAGUCCGUGUUGUCAUUCAUUGGCGGAUCACAAAAAAGUAGCUGGUCUUUCUCGAAGAAGAAUGCAGUAGCAACCAUCAGCGAAUUUGAUGCCGUGGAUGCUACUCUAGAAAAAAAGAAAGUACAUGUUGAUAUGUCACAGUUGGUCAACUUAGAGUCACAAAUUCAAGAAAUUGAUGAAGUUCUUGAAUGCUUGUUUAGGCAUCUAGUUAAAAUUAGAGCAACUCUUCUAAAUGUUCUUAGUAACUAGAACAAAAUUUGUUCUUGUACAAAAAUUUUGAUCUGUAAAUGAUGGUUCUAUACAUAUGA